AUGGUUUCCUUCGUGGAGGAUCUAUGGUCCAGCAUCUUCACUCCAGGCCCCACUCCAACCCUCCUCAUUGCAACCAACGUAUCCUUCGCCGCUCUCCAGCUCGUCUUCUUCGCUCUCCUUCUCGCUACACACAGCCUGCACUUUGUCGCACUGUCCAUCAUCAGCGCGGGACUAUGGUGGUCCAUCAACUGGUUCGCGGCCGAGGUACGAAUCGCCCAGCUGGCCCAGGAGGCUGAAAAGAAGAAGGAAAAAGCGCAAGAGCAAGACCCCCGCGCGCGGGGAGCCAGUGUUGGCAGCGACACCGAGACCGAGGCUCUGGCUUCUAAGAAGCAUGAUAAGUCUAGGGCUGUCACGACUGGAAGCGCUGCUAGGUUGCAGCCAACCGAACUGGAUUCGAAGAAGAGACCCAGCACUGGUGGUGAUGGUUCUGGGUAUGGAAGCACCGACAGCGAGUGGGAAAAGGUGGACGAUACCCGGUCCUGA